AGACCCUGCCUCAACAACAACAACUAUUGCCAGUAAAAGCAGUACAUGCCUAUACUGUUCUGUAAUGUUCCCAGCACAGGGGAAGCUGAAGCAGGGGGAUGGGCACAAAUUUGAGGCUGAUAGUGGGACCUUGUAUUAAAACACAAAACAAAGACAGACAACCCACAAACAAGAUGGAUAGAAGAUGUAGCUCGGUUGAGAGUUUACCUAGCAUGUGCAAGGCCCUGUGUUGGACCCAGCAUUCUAUAAAAUGGGGCCUAUUGGUUCCCACCUGUGAUUCCAGUGCCUAGGGGGUGAGAACUGGAAGAUAGGGAGUUCAAGGCCAUCCUCAGCUACUUGUCUUGUUCAAGGCCUCUCUGAGGGUCUUAGUUGUUUUUCUAUUGCUGGGACAAACCACCACGACCAAGACAAAGGAUUUAUUGAGACUUACAGUUUUGGAGGGUGAGCCUAUGACCGUGUUAGUAGGGAGACUAGCUUGAGGCAGGCAGGCAUAGGCUGCAGUACUAUCUGAGAGCUCACCUUCUGAUCCCUAAGCUUAAGUCAGAGAGCCACAGAGAGAAAGAGAGGGAGAAACAGAGGGAGAGAUGGAGGGAGGGAGAGGAGACUAGGAAUGGUGGGAACUUUUGAAUCCUCCAAGUCCAUGCCUGGUGACACACCUUCUCUAACAAGGCCACACUUAUUAACUCUUUACAAAAUGUUUCACCAACUGGAGAUCAGGUAUUCAAACAUGAGUCUUCGGGAGCCAUUCUUAUUCAAAAUACCAUACUGGGUGUCUCAGUCAGGGUUUCUAUUCCUGCACAAACAUCAUGACCAAGAAGCAAGUUGGGGAGGAAAGGGUUUAUUCAACUUACACUUUCCACAUUGCUGUUGAUCAUGAAAGGAAGUCAGGACUGGAACUCAAGCAGGUCAGGAAGCAGGAGCUAAUGCAGAAGCCAUGGAGGGAUGUUCCUUACUGGCUUGCUUCCCCUGGCUUGCUCAGCCUGCUCUCUUAUAGAACCAAGACUACCAGCCCAGAUGGUCCCACCCACAAGGGGCCUUUCCCACUUGAUCACUAGUUGAGAAAAUGCCUUACAACUGGAUCUCAUGGAGGCAUUUCCUCAACUGAAGCUCCUUUCUCUGUGAUAACUCCAGCUGUGUCAAGUUGACACAAAACCAGCCAGUACACUGGGUAACAUAAGAGAUUGUGUCUCAAAGUGAACUAAAUAAACAAAAAACCCUCAAGGGCUGGUGGUGUUGCCCAGUGGUAAAACAUUUAUUUAAAAGUUCAAGUCCCUGGGUUCUACCCUGUCUUAGUUAGGGUAUUUAUUGCUGUGAAGAGACACCAUGAUCAUGAUAACUUUUUUUUUAAGAUUGAUUGAUUGAUUGAUUGAUUUAUUAUAUGUAAAUAUACUGUAGCUGUUUUCAGACACCCCAGAAUAGGGCAUCAGAUCUCAUUACAGAUGGUUGUGAGCCACCAUGUGGUUGAACUCAGGACCUUUGGAAGAGAAGUAAGUGCUCUUAACCGCUGAGCCAUCUCUCCAGACCCAACCAUGACAACUUUUAUAAACAAAUUUAAUUGUGGCUGCUUGACUUUUCUCCCUUCCAAGCAUGGUGAAGGGACCCAGGAGUCCCGCCUUUUCUUUCUGCCCAGUAAUUGGCUCCUGGCAUUUUUAUUGAUAGAUCAAGAACCAAUUGGGAAACAGGACUUUAGCAUCACAACCUUUAUUACAUGCCCAGAGUCCCCAUAUUUGGGGAUGCUGAGGCAGGAAGAUCUCGACUUUGAAGUCAUCCUGUUUAUAUAGUGAGAUUCUACCUCAAACAAACAAAACAAAUCAAAAAAAGAAAGAAAAAGAAAGAAAGAAAAGAAACAUAACUUAUCUCCUGAGAGUUCAAGGACAGAGGCAGCUGGAUCUUAUCAGUGUGAGAGCUCUGUAGCUUCAGUGGUUGGCUAGGCCUAGACUUCUCCCAGGGUGGAUACCAGAAGGCCUGUUGCAGGUAUAGAAAAUGGGAGUUUCAGAGGUGUAGAAAGGUAGGGCUGGCUUUGGAGACCGGAGUGACACAAAUGCUGGUUCAGGACAGGAGCGAGCUGAGGCUUGUAUAGUCCGAAUCACAGCAUUGAGGUCCCCAACAAGUUGAUCCUGAUAGCAUCUGUUAGGUUAUUAUUUAUUGAGUACAAAUUCUACAUCUGACUCAGUGCUGGUCAUUGCUGGGGACACAGCAGUGACCAAGAUAGUCCCAGCCCCGUGCUUACAGGGCUCCUACCCAGACAAGGAAGCAAGUCUAUAAACAAAGGUGCGAUUAUAAAAGGCAGUGAUGGCUGUGAAGAGUUCUUGGGGGAGGUCAGUGACAUUCAAAAGUAGGGUGGAGACAGGUUGAUGGAACAGGGCAGGUGGAAGGACAAAUUCCUUCCUUCUGAUGUGCCAGACACAAGCUGAACUCUGGGUAAAGUGAGAAUGUGGCAGGCAUGGUCCCCACUAUUCAGUUCUCAAGCUCAGUGUGUCUUAGUGAGACAUAUGACAGGCAAGUUGGGAUCUUCUGGACCCCGCCCGCAUGCACAGCCUGGAAGCCAUGUUUCCUGGAAGCCUGGGAGACCACAGUCCUCCAUACACAACAUCCUGAGAGCUAGGAUGGCAAAGGGGUGCCUCACACCCAGCUCCCAGGAGUCUGUUGAGGAGCCCCAAGUAGAAUUUCCUGAGUUUAGGUUUAGUCUGGCUUAGGCUGCCCUGAAGCUCACUGUGUAGCCCAGGUUGGCCUGGAACUAGUGGCAGUCCUCCUGCCUCAUCAUCUUAGUGCUGGGAUUACAGUCGCAUGCCACAAUACCUGGAAAUUCAAGUUUGUCUCUGCAUCUCUGGAUUCAUCCAGCAUGGCUAUCUAAGAAGGGUUUUCCAAAACAAAGUAUUUUGAGGUUGGUCUUGUCAGGUCCCCUCUGGUCUCAAAGCCCUAGCAUUCCCCAUCUCUCUGGAAGGGAACUUGGCAUUUACUGAUCUCAUGGAGAUAAGGAUAUGUGAAAGCUGCCUUCUAAGGGGCAAAGUUCUGGCUGCCAGGAGCCACUCCCGGGAGUGUGGAGAAAGGAAGGGCAGGAGGCAAUGGAGGAGGAGGGAUCUGGCAGAUACUGGGGUAGUGUGUGCUCAGUCCCCAGCCAGUAGCUUUCAUAAUAACAGUUGGGUGACCCUCCCUGCUGAGUGACUUCUGGACCCAUUUGCUUCCUCUGGCUUCCUCUAGUCCUGUCUGGGGAAUGAUGGGAGGUUGGUUUCCACUACUUCAUUGUUGAUAUUUACUAGGGAAGUGAUGCGGUCUCACUAGAUGAAUUGGAAAUCAUCGACGAAUACAUUAAGGAGAACGGCUUUGGCCUGGACGGGACACAGCUGAGUGAGAUGCCGCGCCUGGUGCCCCGCGGGCCCGCCUCACUGAGCAGCGUCACGCUGGGCCCUGCUGCACCACCGCCUCCGGCCACGCCGUCCUGGAGCUGCACACUGGGCAGGCUGGUGUCACCCGGCCCGUGCCCACGGCCGUACCUGGUCAUCACAGAGCAGCCAAAGCAGCGUGGCAUGCGCUUCCGCUACGAGUGCGAGGGCCGCUCGGCCGGCAGCAUCCUCGGGGAGAGCAGCACCGAAGCCAGCAAGACCCUGCCCGCCAUCGAGCUUCGAGACUGUGGCGGGCUGCGGGAGGUGGAGGUGACGGCGUGCCUGGUGUGGAAGGACUGGCCACACCGGGUACACCCACAUAGCCUCGUGGGGAAAGACUGCACGGACGGCGUCUGCAGGGUGCGGCUGCGGCCUCACGUCAGCCCCCGGCACAGCUUUAACAACCUGGGCAUCCAGUGUGUUAGGAAGAAGGAAAUUGAAGCUGCCAUUGAGCGGAAGAUCCAGCUGGGAAUUGACCCCUACAAUGCUGGCUCCCUGAAGAACCAUCAGGAGGUCGACAUGAAUGUCGUCAGGAUCUGCUUCCAGGCCUCCUAUCGGGACCAGCAGGGACAUCUGCACCGCAUGGACCCCAUCCUCUCUGAGCCUGUCUACGACAAGAAGUCCACCAACACAUCGGAGCUGCGGAUUUGCCGAAUCAACAAGGAGAGCGGGCCGUGCACAGGUGGUGAGGAGCUGUACUUGCUCUGUGACAAGGUGCAAAAAGAGGACAUAUCCGUGGUGUUCAGCACAGCUUCCUGGGAAGGCCGUGCCGACUUCUCUCAAGCUGAUGUGCACCGGCAGAUCGCCAUUGUGUUCAAAACGCCACCCUACGAGGACCUGGAGAUCUCAGAGCCCGUGACUGUCAAUGUGUUCUUGCAGCGGCUCACGGAUGGGGUGUGCAGCGAGCCGCUGCCCUUCACGUACCUGCCUCGGGAUCAUGACAGCUACGGUGUGGACAAGAAGCGAAAGCGGGGACUGCCUGAUGUCCUUGGAGAGUUGAGCAGCUCUGAUCCACAUGGAAUCGAGAGCAAACGAAGGAAAAAGAAACCAGUGUUCUUGGACCACUUCCUGCCUGGCCACAGCUCAGGCCUGUUCCUCCCACCAUCGGCUCUGCAGCCGGCAGACUCUGAUUUCUUCCCUGCUUCCAUAUCCCUUCCUGGGCUGGAGCCUCCUGGUGGACCCGAUCUCCUGGACGAUGGCUUUGCCUAUGAUCCUUCUGCCCCCACGCUCUUCACUAUGUUGGACCUGCUGCCCCCAGCACCACCACUUGCCAGUGCUGUGGUGGGUAGCGGGGGUGCAGGGGCCACCGUUGUGGAGUCUUCUGGCCCAGAGCCCCUAUCACUGGACUCUUUUGCAGCGCCGGGCCCCGGGGAUGUUGGUACUGCUAGCCUUGUGGGCAGCAACAUGUUUCCCAACCAGUACCGAGAGGCAGCUUUCGGGGGUGGCCUCCUAUCUCCAGGGCCUGAAGCCACGUAGCCUCUGAGGUAACAGAGGAGGCACUGGGUGAGGUAUGUGGUAUAGCACUCCAUUCCGAAGCCAACCUUGAUCAGUCUUCCAGCUUCCUCAUCCUGAAUCGGACAUCUGCAGCGCUGGUGGGAAGAUGGGGAGCACUCCGGUUCUCUUUGAGCCCAUUUUACAGAAUGCUGAGUCCGAAGAGGAAAAGGGGCUCCUGCAGAUGGACCCCUUCUCAGGACAGAUUCUCAGAGAUUGUACAUAGGGGAGGAGGGAGCAGGUCCCCAGCCUUCUCCCCUAAUCCUGAAGAAGGCAGUGGAUUGUUCAGUUUUCCCAAUAAAAAUUAGUUUUUUGAGCCUU